GGAAGCGGGAGGCAGCUCGCUUGGACCCGGGGCUGUGCCCCUGCUCCCUGUCGGCCGGCAGCGCGGCCACCUGGGAGGCGGAGCCGGCAGGAGGGGACAGAGCCCCGCGGCGACGGGUGGCUGUGCGAGGUCCGCAGCAGCGCAGCGGCAGACUCUCUGGGGGCACCGGGGGAUCCUCCGCAUCCCGCCCUGCGAUGGGGACAGCGCCGCAGGGCUCGGCCGGGGACCCUCUUCCCCGAGGCACCCCUUAGAGCCCCCCGGUCUCUUGCAGUCCUAACCUUUAAGGAGAUCUGGAACCGUAGCUUCUGCCGGCCUCGGGAGCAGCUAGUGGAUAUCAUUACCGAGUUCCCCAACGAGGUGGAGUACAUCUUCAGGCCCUCCUGCGUCUCCCUGCAGCGCUGCGGGGGCUGCUGCGGUGAUGAGGGGCUCCGCUGCGUCCCCGUGCAGACCGGCACGGUCACCGUGCAGCUUGUGAAGAUAAAGCCCAACGGGGAGGCACCCUAUGUGGAGGCACCCUACGUGGAGAUGUCGUUCACUGAGCACAAGCAGUGCGAGUGCAGGCCACGGCAGGACCUGGUGAGGCCGGGCAGGAGGAGACUCAAGGGCCGAGGUAAGAGAAGACAAGACAAGAAGAGACGUAAAGACUGCGAGCUAUGUGGCACACCACGCAGGUAGCCUCCGCUCUGCCCCUGGCCUCGCUCCUGCCUCUGGAGCUUGAGUCUAUGGCACUUCUGUCCAGUGUGGGGACAUGUGGUGCUGAGCCCCUUGGAGUGACAGUGCUGGGGAGCAGGACUGAAGCAGGAAGGAGCCGACGAGAUUCAUGCUUGGCCUGGGUGGAAGCAUAUCCUGGAGCCAAGCAUUCUCUUGCCCCAUCUGCACUGGUUGCAGCAGGACUAAAGGACCCAGAAGGGAGGAUGAGGAGCCGGAGCUGCAAACUGGUGCUGGAGGGCAUCCUGGGGCUUAGAGGAACAGAGCUGUGGGCGUGCUGCUGGAGCUGGGUGCAAUGUGGAGUGGGAGUGAGCAGGCCUGGAACCACAGAACUAUUGUGCCCUACA